AUGUUUGUUUCUGCAUUUUUCACACGAGCGACGACUUUGCUGCACGUGAAGCAGUUUUCAGCGUAUUCGCCGGCAGCGAAAGCAGUCGAAUACAACAAAGUCAAAUUCAACAACACAAUGGGAGAGGGGUCACCUUACGUUGGGUCCGGUCCUGAAGUUGACAAAGCGUGGCACGCAAUUUCAUACGACAUUGGUGACCAAGUCAUUACCAACGAAGAAUUGGACAUAAUUGGCAUGCCCAAGUCUCACUUGAGAGCUGUUCACCCAAAAACCGGUGUUGAAGGAUACAGGGUUGGCCUCGAGGUCUUCCAUCAACUUCACUGCAUCAACCUGCUUCGCCAAGUGACAUACAAAGAUUACUACACCAAGUUGGGCAACGGAAACUUUGCAGCUGGUGAGGAAGAACUGCAAAUGCACACUGACCACUGCCUGGAAAUCUUGAGAUUGAAUGUUCAGUGCAACGCUGACGUGGGAGUGUUUACCUUCUAUUUGCUUGAAGACGACCCGCUACCAUGGCCGGAACUUGAUUCAUGGCACCAAUGCAGAAACUUCGACAAAGUCAGGGAAUGGGCUUUGGACAAUUCAGUCGGAAAUAUGGAGAGAGGAGACGUCAGUCCAAAUUAA